GGGCUCCCUCUAGUGGCUUGUUGUCAUUUCCAGGUGUAACGGCGGAAACAGGAAGUAGGCAGGCGGUACUGUGGCGGGCUAUUGUAAUUGUGGGAGUUCAGUUAGUAAGGAGCCAUGGAGAAACGACCAGCUGCUCCGCGACCUGCACUGAGUCCUAACGAAGAAGCACAGUUUGUGCGGGAAGAGCUGGAGAGAAGAAGAAAAGUGAGAGUACAGCAGGUCAGGGAGCAGGAGAGAAAGAUUGCUCAGCAGGUCCGCCGUGAAUUGCAGGAGAGGAAGGAGAAAGAGCUGAAUAAUCUCAGUGUGAAGCUUCGACAUGAGUGGAAGAACCAGCGCAGAGAAAAGUUACAGUCUUUGGAGAAACUUUACCAAGAGAGCAUCCAAGAUGUGGGUCAGAGCUACCGCAGUGCUAAACACGCCGAGCCAGAUUGGAAUGCUUUGUCACGUAUAGCACAAGAGAAUGAGGAGCGAGCAACACAAAGACAUCAUCAGGCACUUCAAGCCCUCGCCUCCCGACGAGAGAAAGAGGCCCAGUGCCGUUGGCAAAUUGAAGCUCGGAAGAAAGCUCUAACAGAGGAAAAGAAGAGAGCAGCUAAGGUCGCCAGUCUUCCUCAGCCUUCCCCUAAUCCUGUUGAGAGUAUUGGGAUUCAGACACCUCUACCCAACAUGGCCACCGUACAACGCUUUGCCUUCACCUACUGCCACAUUUCAGAGACAUCCGUGGACAACAAUGCAGAUGUUGCGCAGUCAAAUCCUCAGGAGAGAGCAAUACUGGAGGCCCAGCGAUUGGACGAGUUGGCGGGGCAGAAAGCAAGGAAUGAGCAGGAACAGCUGGAGAUGGCAAGGCUCAGAGGAGGCCAUGCUCUCCAGAAGGAGAAAGUAUCGCAGGCGAGUGCAAGAUUGCUGUGUGAGUUAGAGCACCUGCAGCAGGCUGAUCUGCAGGAGAGGAAGCAGGUUGUGUACAACGUAUCUGAACAGGCUUUUCAGCCGUUCCACAGACAUGAGGAGCGGCAAAGAGAACUAGAAAUCGCCUUCCAGGACCUGUACAGCACAGGAAGAGAGCGCAGGGAUGAGUUUCUGCUUGUGCCAGAGCCUCUUCCUACAGGAAAUGAUGAGGACCUGGAUGUGAGUCUAGAGUCCACACCUUGUGAAAACACUGUGGAAGGAGAGCAGUCUACUUCUCUUGUCGGAGAGCCUGUCGUUAACUCUGGUCAGACUGCUGUAAAGAGGCUGCUGGAGCGCAUCAGGAGUCAGAGGGAGCAGUUGAGUUGCCGAGAACUGCCACCAGGGCAAGGAAGGGCUGCACCGGGAAAUUCAAGCAUUGAAACAGGAUCUCUGACUACCCAGGAGCAAGCCCCCAGCCUACAAGAGGACAAAUCCUCAGAAAAUGGCCCCACAGUAAGCGAAGAAUCUAUCUCUAAUGGAUCCAUGCUUCCGGUGGAGGAACAGUUUACAGAGACCAAGAGACGAUUGUGGGAGUGGGAGCAGUUCAGGCAGCAGGAGGAGCAGCUUUCAUUUUUACACCAGCUGGAAGAGGAAAGGUGCAGUUUAGAGGUCCAACUGCGGGAGGCGCAACUGUACAGCGAGACGCCUCAGAAUGCUGUCAAGGUGCAUUAUGGGAGAGAUGUAUGAACAUGAACUUACUUUUGUAAGGGGGUUGAGAUAUUUUAAAAAACGAAGACUACUGGUAACAUAUUUCACUGUUUGUUUGUUUACGCGCACACACACAGGUCAGUGCAGUGUUACUUAGCUUCCAUUCUACAUGGUAGAAGACAUGGGACAGAAUAUUACUGUCUUGACAGUAAAUUAUGUUUAAUAAACUUGGCUUAAUUACAGUUCAUGAUAAAUAUGAAUUAUACACAGUUCAGCCAGAAUAUUAUCACUUCCUUGUUUCUUCACUCAUUGUCCAGUGCAAAUAAAAUAAAAUAAAUUAUUAAAUAUUUUGUGUGUAAAAUGACUCUAUUAGGCAUAUAUAUUAGGUUUUAGAAUUAAAAUGUCGAUUCCACCUUAAAUAGCACUGCUAACUGUAUGCGCGCAGUACUGUGCAUGCGUGUGACGGGAAGUAAUGAAGAAUUUAAGUCCUAAAAGAUAAGGCAGAUAAAAAUAACCUAGUUAAACAAAUGAGACAAAAUAUCAUACUUGUUCCAAUACUUGAUCCAAUAUUAUUGAAUGUUUGAUUCAAUGACCGAUUGUGAAUUGAGUGACUGCAUAAAUCGCCGACUGACUUAUUGAAUAACUGACUAACUGGGUUUAUGAUUGAAUCCCCUCGAAAACUGACUCACUAAAUGACUGAUCAAAUAACUGACAGAUUAAAUCACUUACUUACUGAUUGAAUCUUAGAGUAAUUGAUUUAUGAUUGAAUAACUUACAGUUGGUUUAGUGAAUUAAUGAUUGCAUAAUGAAUUCAUUAAUCAAUACAUUCAAUUAAGAAUAAAUAUACUUGGGUCUUUUUUUUUAGUAUGCAGACUUAUCUAAUGUACUUUAAAGUGACAUCCAGAGAACCAGCAAUAAGGUCAUGGGCACCCUCAAAUGUUCACAGCGGGUCUACACAAUAUUAGGCAUGUGGUUUUAAUGUUCUGUUAUAAAGCUGAUUAAAAGGGCAGUGCAGAGACACUCCAACAGUUUUAUAUUUUUUAUUUGGUCAUCACACAGAUUUAUACACAUUCUUUAUUGAAAAUGCAACAGUAAAAAAGCUCCUUUCAUUUUAUUUCACACCCAUCAUCAUGCUGUACCUAUUAUUGUUCUUAACCAAAAUCCAAUGGGUUGUAUUGGAGGAAUCAAGAGGAAGGUAUCAAACAUGCCUUGUCUGAUCCGUCAUGCUCAUUUAAUUAUAGGCUGAACUAUUUCCUUUAACCUAAGACUCAAAUAGAUGGUUGUAGUUCAUCUUUCUGUAAAUUCAUGCUAUAGUGCAGUAGCCUCGGGAAAAGUUGUCUGUUAAUAAUGAAAACUGGACCAUUUUAAAAAGGAAACAGGCACACAGUUCUGAUCCAGACUCAUUACAGCCCUCAAAAAAAUAUUUUUAGCAUUCAACAUUUCUGAAACAUGCUGCAGUCAAUCAAUGCAGCCAGUGCACAAAGCUCAAUAUGAAGGACAACACUGAGUUACUGUGUAAGUGUGGUUGUCCCACAAAUGCAGAUACACUGUAUGUUCAAAUGUUUGUAGACACCCCUUCUAAUGAAUGCUGCAUUCAGCUACUUUAAGUUGCAGCCAUUGCUGACACAUGUGCAAAUGCACACACUCAUACACACACAUCUUAGUCAAGCUGUAGUCCCUUUAGAGAAGUAGUACCAAUAAAAUAGGACGUUCUGGAGCAUAUAAACAUAAAUCUGUUGGCAUUAGCUUGCCUAAAGCCAGACAUAGGCUAAAGGUAUACAAGGCCUUUCAGCUCCAUCCAGUACUUCUGGAUGAGGUGAGGUGGGAUGUAGGGGUGGGCGAUAUGGCAAAAUUAUCAUAUCACAAUUUGUUUUCUUCAUAAUCACGAUAACGAUUUUAUCACGAUUCUAUACAUGUUGACCGAGUACAAUCAAACAAUCUAACCAUUCCUAAAUACAGCACUAAAAACCAAACCAUUUUGGCCAAGUCACGUUUUGAACAGAUUUUAAUCCAUUAACACUGGUUUAAAUUGGUACAGGGAAAGUGCAAUCUUGGUUUUUAAACAGCAAACUUAGCCUACCACAAAAAUAACAAGGCAAGACCAAGACAAUAACAAUUAAAUAAAAGCAGUUAAAUAAAAAAAUUGCUGUAAAAAAACCUCUUCCUGUAAUUUAAGUAUUACUAUUAGCAUUUAAUGUUUUGACAGGAUUUAAGACUUAACUGCUUAGCUGACAAUGUAAUUUAGAACAAAACAUUUUUUUUUUCUUUUUUUUUAGAAAAAAAUAAAGUAUUUCUUACUUGUUUUCCACUGUUUUAAAACGAACCAUGUCCUUUGCCAGGUAAAACGUGAAUAAAAAAAGCUUCUGUUACCUCUCUCUAUCAUUUACUUCUCUUCUCGUAGGGAGUGCCUCUCUCGAAUGACCGCGUUAGGGUUGUUUGUUUUGGUCCGGCUGUAGCAUCAGCCUCUGCUAGCUGCUGUGUAGUUAAUCUGCUGGUUACCUGAUUUUCAGCGUACUGUUUGGGAUGUCGCCUCUUUAAGUGGUUAAAAAGAUUUGUCGUGCUUCCAUCUGAUGUUAGAACGACCUCUGUGCAAAUUUUACAUAUCACUGUUUGUGUAACGUCAGCUUGGGAAAAUCCAAACCAGGUCCAUAUUACUGGAAUCAACCUUUUUUUAGGAACUAACUCUGCCUCUGUGUUUUCAUCCAUGGCUUCGCGCUUGUGAGAAAAGGGGAGGGGCUGUAAGCAAAGGUGUUCCGGUGAGCUGAUUGGUUUAUGUGCGGGCCACUAGGUUGCGUGAAAGGGCACCAGCAAAUAGUGCGCUUUGGCUGAGCAGAAAACUGCUGUAGUGGAUAGAAUGGGCUUAACGAUCCAGCGGUUUUUCUGUGAUGGCUUAUCGUAGACACUUUAUAACACUUCACGAUCUGUUAUCGUCAUAUCGCACACCCCUAGUGGGAUGGAUGGGAUCCUGUUUUUACUAAUGCUCUUGUGACUCUAAGUGCACUAAAAAAGGAAAAAU